UAACUUUAACUAAUAUUUUUUCUAAAUAAGAGAUAGGAAAAUUUUUAGGAAAAUAAUAUAUAUAAAUUUAACAUGAUAGUUGGUUGUUUUAGAGGUUGUUUCUCCUUUAAUGCUGAGACUACUUUUGAAAAAGCAAGACUUUAAGCAACUUACAGUGGAGAUUAUGAACCUCCAGCAGAAAGUGAUAUUCAGCAGAUUCUCUAGACCUUAGCAGGAAAUGACCCUGAAACACGUCCAGAUGUCGCUUUUUAACUUAUUUAAUCAAAAAUGCAAUACAGUGAAUCAAAAAACUAGUGGAAUUAUUUGGUUAAAAAUCUUAUUAUUUUGGAUCGCUGCGUUGAAGAUAGAAGCUUUGUUAAUGAUAUUGCAACCAUACAUAUACUUCAUGUUGAAAAUUUUAAGGAUCCUGACCCAAGAAAUAGCAUUAUUAAGAUUGAUGGAUUUAUCAGAAAAUAUUUUUAAUACAUCAAAAUGAAGAGCAAGCUUUAUGCUAAAAAAAAUUCUAGCUUUAAUGUUAAUAAAAGAGAAAAGAGAUAGUAUUUUCUUUCUAUUCCCACUGACAAAAUAUUCUUUGAAAUGGGUGAAGCUCUAGCAUUAUUCUAAUUCAUGAUAGAUCUCGUGAGAACAAACACUGAUCCUUUGAAAAGAGUUUCCAAAAGAGGCUACUUAGAAUAUAAAUUAAACUAAUAUGUUUUUCAUCUAAUGCUCUACACUAUGUUGAAUCUUUAUACCACAAUGUUUAUAGUUAUAUCAGUACUGUUAGAGAGAUUAACAGAAUAAACUUUAGACGAGGCAAACAAAACAAAAGAUUACUACAUGAAAUUUUUAAAGUGCAAUGAGCAGUUUUCUUAAUUUGUAGAUGAUCAUAAAUUUAUUAAGGGAUAUCAAGAAAUAAAGCCAGGUGAUUUUUAUUAACCUAAUAGAAAUACUUUACAAGUUAUUUAGGAUUGGAUUUAGUUACUUGAUAGUAGAAAAAAUAUGUAAGACCCAGAUGCAGUUGUCAUUUAAAUAGAUUAGGAUGUCAAUUUACCAAAAAUUAUUAUUGAUAAAGUUGUUAAAUAUCCUGUGAAAACAAAUAACUAAGUUAACUUUUUAGGUGAAGAUGAAAAUUGUGUUUAUAUCAAGCAAGCUAAUUCAGAAUUAAGACCAUGCUAAUAGCAAAUGAAUGAAAGUGAUUCUGUAGAUGGAGGAAUAUUUAGGUUAGAUAAAUAAGAUUCUAUAACUACUGGCGUUUUCCCCAAUGUAGAUGAUCUGGAGAAAUUUAGUAUAUUCAAUUCUUAGAGAUUGUCAGAUGAAACUAAUACUAGAUUUUAGUUUGGAAAGAACACAAAGAAUUCAACUAAAUUCUUAGAAAAUGCUAAUACAGGUUUCUGUAAAGAUUUCUUCCAAGUUUAUAAAAAUGAAUAUAGUUCUUCAUUUAGCAAGAAUUCCAAGUAUUUGACCUAGUAAUUAUACACUAAUAAAUUUGAAAAAUGCAAUCUUUUAGAGCAGUAUUUCGAAAAAUCUUUCCAAAAUACCGUUAGCUUUAUGAUCAAUGAUCGCUUAACUACUCAUAUAGAUGCUUCUAUUAAAUAAUUACCUAAUUUUGAAGAAUAGAUGUUCUUUGAUUUCAAAAACGAGUACAGUGUAGUUGAGCCUAUGCAUUAUAUUUAUGAUGACUCAAAGAUUAAAUACUAACCAGAAUAAGUCAAACAAAAAGAAGUAUAAUCUCAAAUGAAGAUUCAAGAUGUAUAUACAAUUUAAGGUGCAGACACCACCAAGGCAAGUGAAUUAUUAGCCUAGAUAAUGACCAAAAACGAAUCAUAUAAUGAUAAAACAGAGGAAAACAGCUAAUUCAAAACUUCUCCAUAUAAAUCAUUAUCAAGUUCAUAAAAGUAAGAAAAUUAGUACUAGUUAUCUCCUUUAAAAGAAAAUUAAGAAUAAGAAUAUGCUUUUGUUCCUUCACCUAUAAAUAAUCAUGUAAAAGAAGAUAACAAAUAAAACUAAAUCGAUUAUAAAAUUUUCUACAAUAAUGACGAAGAGUAAAACGGACUUUAUACAUAAUAAAAUAGUUCUCAUCAAAAAGAUGAACCAAGAUACUAAGAUUAAGAAUAUUAACAUAAUAAUCUAUCAGAUCAAAAUUAUGCCCACAACUAAGCAGAUGAUUCUACUAACAUUUUGAGUAGUUCACGCAAAUUCAGUAAUGAAAUUAUUAAAAAUAAUAAUCAAGAGGAAACUUACGACCACGAAAUACACUACGAAAAUUAUCAAAACAAUAAUGAGCAUACUGUAGCAGCAGAAACCAAUUAAAACUAUUGA